CUUCCAUAAAGACCUUAACAAAACAACAUAGCUAUAGUCUACUGUGGUUGGACCUUAUUCAGCGAAGCUCCAAAGAAGUAUCAAAAGAAAAGCUAAAAAACAAACGGUCAGAAAUAAAAGUAAAUGAAGAAAUAAAGGCACCUCACAAUGCCGUAUCAAGUUUAGAAAAAUCUGAGAACUGUGAUUGA